AUGGAUGGACUAAAUGAUUCUGUGGUUUCUGAGUUUUUGUUGCUGGGACUCUCCAGUUCUUGGGAAACUAAAGUUUUUCUCGUGUUGAUAUUCUCCUUGACCUACUUAGGGAUAAUCCUUGGAAAUCUCUUUAUUGUGUUUUUGGUAAUUUUUGAUUCUCACUUACAUUCUCCUAUGUACUUCCUGCUCACCAACCUAUCUUUCAUUGAUGUGGGAGUUGCUUCUACGACAGUCCCCAAGAUGAUUACAGACCUUCUAAAUGAAUACAAAAUCAUUUCUUUCCAAGAUUGUAUGACACAGAUAUGCUUCAUACACAUCAUGGGAGGAGUUGAGAUGGUGUUACUCAUAGCCAUGGCAUUUGACAGAUACACGGCAAUCUGUAAGCCUCUUCACUACUUGAAAAUCAUGAACCCUAAAAUAUGUGUUUCAUUUGUAAUCACUGGCUGGGUAACUGGAUUUAUCCAUGCUAUGUCUCAGUUUGCUUUCAUUAUAAACUUGCCUUUUUGUGGACCUAAUAAAAUAGAUAGCUUUUAUUGUGACUUUCCCAGGAUCAUAAAACUUGCAUGCACAGAUGGAGCCAAGUUUGAGUUUAUUGUUGCUGCCAACAGUGGCUUUAUGAGCUUGGGCACCUUCUUCCUGCUAAUCCUUUCCUACAUCUUCAUUUUGGUCACUGUCUGGAAACGUUCUUCAGGAGACUUAUCCAAGGCUUUUGUCACUUUGUCAGCUCACAUCACUGUAGUGGUUCUUUUUUUUACUCCAUGCAUUUUUCUCUAUGUAUGGCCUUUCCCCACAUCAUCAAUUGAUAAAUACCUGUUCAUUGCCGACUUUGCUAUCACCCCCAUCUUAAAUCCCAUCAUCUAUGCAUUAAGGAACAAAGAUAUAAAGGUAGCCAUAAAAAGAUUGAGUAAACGGGGACAUUAUGUCAGAUUUUGCUGA